AUGAUUUUGGGUAAAUGACCGCCACAGCUGGCUCAAAUAAAAUCCGGCCGAGAAGCCCAAUUUUCGACCACUUUUUGUAGCAAUUGGCACCGUAUGUCAGCAAUAACGCUCCGAAUAUUCUAUUCUAAGUUGGUAUGCAAGCUGAGCUUUGAGCUGUAAUCAAUUUAUAGUAGAAUGUACGAAGUAUAUAAAUCGUUUCUCUCAUUUCGAUUUGAAACGAGCUCGCAGAUACUUCGAAGAUCGCACAGUCCAUUAUCAUUCAAUAUUUUAACUUUACACUGUAAGUGUUUUGUAAUAUGCUUCGGUUGGUUUCUUAUCAUCUCUGUAAAGUGGAAGCUCGCUCAUCUCAUUUUAAUUAACGCGAAAUAUUAACAAGACCACAGCUGAUAUUAUUAUCACAGUUUGUUUUCAAUACCAGAAUCACGUAGAAGUGUUAACGCUGUAAUUUUCAUUUAAUAUAUUUGUGAAUGAACAUCAUGUUUUCAACUAAAUAUAUGUCACUGACUAAUUCCAUUUACUGGCUGGCAUUAUUCAAUUGUUUAAUGAAUAUAAGUUUGAGCAUCUCUACGUCGGUCAACGGUAAAAUUAUCGAAAUCGAAUUUAAUGAUCAACAACAGCGUAAGAUUACCGUUGCGGGGAUGUCUAAUAAAAGUUGGACCGGUGAGGAGUAUUAUGCAUUUCGUGGUAUACCGUACGUGAAGCCGCCAAUUCAAGAGCUAAGGUUCAAGGAUCCACAACCACUUGAUGAAUUACCCAGCUACAUCGAUGCACGUUACGAUGGACACGAUUGUCCGUCUAUUUACGCCACAAAUGCCUCAGAGCAUUGCCUCAUACUCAAUAUUUAUACGCCAACCAACAUUGAAACCGCUAAAUUGCCAGUACUUGUUUUCAUACAUCCCGGUGGUCUGUAUAUUGGCUCAUCACUGAGUACAUUUAUCAAUCCCGUUUAUUUACUUGCCAAACCCAUUGUGUUGGUAACAUUCAAUUAUCGUUUGGGUACGCUCGGUUUCCUGCAACUUGGCACCCGUGAAAUACCUGGCAAUGCCGGAUUCAAGGAUCAAGUGCACGCAAUGCGUUGGGUACAGAAAUAUAUCAGACAUUUUGGUGGCAACCGUGAAGACGUCACUCUUAUGGGUUAUAGCGCUGGUGCUCUGAGUGUACAUUUACAUUUGGUGUCACGCAUGUCGCGUGGACUUUUUCACAAAGCCAUUGUAAUGAGCGGCUCACUGCCACCGCAGACAGUGUUGCCACAGCAUUCACAAUUGGAUUUGCUGCGUAAACAAGCGCGUGUACUUAAUUGCACUGAAGUAGUGGCUGAAGUGCAGUUAUUAAAUUGUUUACAAAAAUUUAACGGUAAUGAAAUCGCUGCUACACUACGUAGUCUUUUCGUCUUCGGCAAGGAUAAUCCGAUUUACAUAUAUUUACCGGUGGUUGAAUAUGAUUUUGGGCAGGAGCGUUUUUUAACUGAAAAUCCAUUUGAAAGUCUAAAACGUGGUGAAUUUUCGAAGGUACCUAUACUAAUAGGUUUUACCAGCGGUGAAUUUUGUCAAUCAGCGGUGGAUAUUUUCAAAGAUUCGAAACUGGAACGACGGUUUUAUGAAGAUUUUCAAAAAUUGGCGCCCGAAAUAUUUAUGUACGCUGGUCAUAAUGGAAAUUUGAGUGUGAUUAACGAAAGAUUGCAGCAGUAUUAUUUGCCAAAUUUUAAGGAACUGGAUCAUACGAAUUUGGCGCAUUUGUGUGACUUCUUCUCGGAUGCGAUUAUUCGCUUUGGUGUGCAACGUUUAACCGAAUUAGCUGCUCCAUAUACUAAAGUAUUUCCUUACAGCUUUGAAUUUAGAAGCGAAUUUAGCAAUUUGGACUAUCUUCUACGACCGGCGCGUGUCGAACACAUGGACGAUUUAAUGUAUUUAUUUGAAAUGAAUGCUAGCGGUUUUAAGCGGAACGAUUCUAACACUGCAUCUAUGAUUCGACAGUAUACGAAAUUCAUAUAUGAAUUUGUAAUAUCUGGUUCAUCACUGUUUGGCAAGCUCCCAACUUACCCUGCAGGAUAUACAAAAAUAUGCCGUUCAUUGGAAUUCCAGCCGGGCACUAAUUUUGCAAAAGAUAUCUAUGAAAUGUGGAAAAGCUUGUUUCAUUUAGUUUAUAACAGUAAAUGAAAUGUUGAAAGGUUACCUGGUAACACCUUAUCGUAUUGAAAACUUAUUAUACCCAGAACAGGGUAUAUUAAGUUUGCCGCGAAGUUUGUAACACCUAGUAGGAAACAUCAGAAACUAUAUAAUAAUAUAUAUGUAAAUGAUCAGUAUGACGAGCUGAGUCGACUUAGUCAUGUCUGUCUGCUCGUCUCUCUGUAUAUAUGCGAACUACUGAAACUUUGCAUACGUCCAUUUUUCUCCAAGAACGAUAUUGUCGGAAUCGCCGAUAUCAGACCACUAUAGCAUAUAUCUGCCAUAAAAACUGAACGAUCGGAGCUGGUAUGGAAAACUUUCUCAUUUGAUAAUAUAUCUUCAAGAAAUUGGGUACGAACUAUUAUUCAAGGCAACGGGUUAAUAUCCGAAGAAAUUGUUUAGAUCGGCCCGUUAUACGUUAUAGCAUAUACAUAGCUGUCAUACAAACUGAUCGAUCAAAAUUUAGUCUUUGUAUGGAAACUUUUAUAUACGUGAAGGUUAUUAUCGCUUCGGUGCAAAUGAAGUUAACGUUUUUUGUUGUAUUAUACUCAUUUUACUCAUUCAAAUUGAAGUCAGCAACGCACUUGCAUAAUUGAAUUACCUCACUUUGCUCAGUCCACUGCCAGCGAAAUGAACUCUGACGCUGGAGGUGGAGAUUAAACCAAUAUAUAUGUAUAUGCUUUCAUAUGUAUGUGCUACCUAACGGCUAUUUAAAGCUGCCCCGUGCAAAUGUAUGUAUGUAUGGCUGUAUUUACAGGUGUCUGCGUGCACUUCAUUUAAUUCUGAGUUGCUUAAUUGAAUUGAGCACUGUAGGAGAUUAAUUGAGCAAAACGAUUGGGGAUUUCAAGAGCUUUAAACGUUGAAUUGUGUAACUGGCGAAAAGUGUAUCGAAAUAAAUACAUAUAUAUAUAUAUAUAUUUUUUUUUUUUUGAUUCUAUGAUAAUUUAAUAAAUAAUUAGUAAUAUUGGGAGCAAAUGCAUUCUUAUAAUUUUCGUUAUGGAAAAAUUAAAAAUUCCGCCUGAAGAUUGAUGAACCUAUUUGUCAAAUUUUUUAGGGUUCAACUUCCGUUUACUCAUAAUGUAUGUUAUGCUUCAUACUCAUUAUAUAGUCAUAAUAACUAUGUAGCAAAUUCAUUACUUAGAAAAAAUAAUCCAAAUUUGAUCGAACUUCUUCUGCCUUUAGACAUAUGCCAUAGUGUUUUACAAAUAAUGGCGAAAAGUUUCUGAAAAUUGGCUAAUAUCAAAGGUAUUUCUUUUGGCGGCUUAUACUUGUAGGUUCGUAUUAAAUCUAUAGCUAAAUGUAUGCCGAUUGGAAAAACUGCAUUUAGUUGAAAUAAAAAUUUUAAAUAAAUUAUGCCAACCAUCAGAAUGAAUUAAUUUAGCCAUUUUAUUGUCACUUUUAAUCUGUUAAAUGUGAAAACUAAUUUUUUUCACACUUGCACGCGGUUUCGCUUAACAUUAGCGCAAAAUUCAUUUAAAAUGCUCUCUCUGAGCGCGCAAAACGACCGCAAAAUGAGCAGCUACGCAAAAGGCAGCCAAAAGGGGCAGUGAAAAAAAAUAUAUAUACAUAUACGAGGUGUAUUUAAAAAAUAACGAGAAUAUUGGUUUUGUGAAAAAAAAAUAUUAUUCAUUUGUCUACAUUAAUGUUGUCGCCUUCAAAAUAGUCUCCAUUCGAUAUUAUGAACUCAUGCCAGCGCUUCUUCCAAUCGUCGUAACAUUUCUCAAAUUCGAUUUCGGGUAUAGCCUUUAGCUCUUUCAGCGAUGCAUUUUUAAUGUCUUCUACUCGUAUAUAAUAUAUAAGGUUGGGCCAAAAACAAAAACUUGUAUUUUUUCUUAGAUACCAUGGAAAUUUUGCACGAAAUGUCGAAAAAAAUUCUGUUAAAUUUUUGCCUUAAAAUAAUCAAAUUUUAAACGUUAAUAUUUUUUAAACGGUUAGGUUUACGAAAAAUGGUAAGCGACCAUUUUGUUUUCUCGUUUCAUAGCUUGUGUAAUAAAUUGAAUAUACAAAAGCUAUGAAACAAGACAGUUUUAAGUAGUUAAAAGCGUGUCAUGAAUUUUUAUAUUUGAUAAUAAUAAAAAAAUUGAAAACUGUAAGGCGGAGGACCUUCACGUUACAAUUAAGAUCUCACACAUGGAGAUACUUUCUUAGAGGCUAUCAAUCAAUUUUUAGAGUACUACGCCAAAACAAAAAUACUGUUUUUUUCACCCACCCUAAUAUCUAUAUAUAUAUACAUAUAUAGGUAGUAAGUUAGUAAGUAAAUCCCUUUGCGCAUAGCACAUUGCAUACAUUUAUUGCCAGCAUGCAACAAAAGUCAACGACGCGAAAUGCCAUGCCAUGCCAGUUCCGUUGCCCAAGCCAGUGCCAUUGCCAAUGCCCUUAGCUGUUGGCAAUGGCUGAGGUAGUGGUUGCGGUUGUGAUUGCGGUUGCAAUAGCUGCGAGCACAGAGCUGCUGUUGAGAGAGUCAGCCAAAAGUGGCACAACCUGCUGCACAGCCCUUUCUGCCCACUGCCGCAUUGCAUUUGCUGUCGCGUGAAGUAUAUCCAUUAAAUAGCAAAAACAAAGUGAAGAAAAAAUGUGUGGUUUGAAGCGCAAAGAGAUGAAUUCGUAAAAUUCACGCAAAGCAAAUACAAAAUGCACGACUUGUAUAAAGACUAGGUGUGUGUUUAAGUGUAUAGGUGUGUAGCGGAAAUACAGAUGUUGCAAUGCACACACACUGCUCUUCUCAGACAUUUGUGUAAACAUGCCUUUAGUGGCACUCACUUUUAUUGUCGCAACGUCACAAUGUGAACAGCAGGCGAAUUAUGAACAACAGCAAAAAAAAAGAAAAAAGCAGAAAAACAACAACAAUAACAAGCAUACAAAAUGAAGAAGCAACCACAAAAUAAAUACAGCACUUAGUACAGUACAUAUGUUUUUACGCAUACACACAUGCAUAUGCAUAAAUACGCAUGUACUUAAUGGCCAUAAAGACAUUCGCACUCGGUUGGCUAAGCCUUAUAGUCGGCCUUCUGGUGCGUCAGCGGGCAUGCAAGUUCAACAAUGAGUUCAAGGUGAACCCCUGUCUGUCUAUCUGCCCAACAGUACACACACUAGCGUCCCGAUAGUGUCUCAUUUGUGCACACAACUUGCCAUGCAAGUACAUACAUAUGUACAUCAGGCUGUCGCAUCUUUCAAGAAAUCUUCACUGUCCUUACUCAACCGUAGUUUUUACUUUUUCCGUUUAUUUGUCUACUUUUGGUACUUUUCGCACGGUGUUCUUGUUCAUUAUUUGCAGAUUUUCAUUUGUGUAUACUUUUGCAGGAGCACAGCGUAAACUUUCCCUACUUUACUCGAGGGAUAUGCACCGAUUUUUGCUCUUUGACUUGUAAAACUUUGUUGUUGCUUUGAAUAAUUGCUCCCGUAUUUUAAAGUUUUACGAUGAUUAACUUAAGAACUUUUUUUAUAGAGCCCUGGUAGAGUUAUGUAGAAAUAUUUGGUCUCAUGUCUUACCUAUAAGAUCUUAUACACACUCUCUCAAAAAUCUCAUUUAGUGUUUCAAUCGUCCAUAAAAUGAAACAUUUCUUUAAUAUAUAAUGAAAAGGAAUAAAUUCGGACCAAUAUCUAGAACUGGGGAAGCAUACCAAAAGUUAAGUCAAGAGAGACUUCUACAUUACAGCCUUCAAAUUUCGCUCAAGUCAUCACUGAAUCUUCACAUUUCGAAAUAUUGCAGACCUAGAUCUAUACAGUAGUAAAGUAUUAACUAUACUUUUUUUUAAUCUUUGUGAUCUAGAUAGAUCCCUACGCAAACUGGUGACGGAUAUUGAAAAGUAAAGCCAGAGAGCUUAAUCCUCUAUUUUUUUAAGCUCGAUAUUUUUUUCUCCAACAAUCUAGCAUAUUAUGAAGUCACGGAGAGCUGAUAUCUUACUCACAGUAGUCAAGAAGCACAGCAUAAGCUUUGAAAUGGGCUCUGGUGACUCUAACUAUAUUAAGGAAGGAAUUAGCCACCCAACGUAUUGCCCUUUGGGCCGUUUCUUAGAACAUCGUGUAAAUAAUAUGAGUCACACGUCUGCCGAAAGUAUGCUAAUCGAAAAAGCAGUCCGAUUCCACUAUGAGGUGAACACCUUUGAUCUCAAAUGAUUGAUCCGCUUAAAUCGAAAAACUAUAAUUUAAAGCUUGUAUUAUAAAUUUCACACAGAAGAAGCUAAAAACUGAAAAGAUAACAAACAAAAACCAUAUCAUAAGUCAGCAGCCGCUUUCUUCUAUUGUUCUCCGAAUAUCUUCAUUGCUGAACUUUUUUGAAAUUAAAAUGACGGCGAGCAUACAACUCGGCGCUGAUUUUUGAUGUGAAGCAACCACAGCAAAACGUCGACAGCAUACAAAUUUUCUAACACUAACACGUUCAUUUCGUAAUCAUUAAGCGUUGCAGCAACAAAUCACAAAGAAAAGAGCAAUCAGAAAUCGUCUUGACAUUGACAUUGUAAAUUACAUAAAUUAUUGUCUUGUUGACACUGUUAGCGACAUUUUAAUGUCAAAUGUGUGGCGUAAUAACAAUUAAAUUAAAAUGCGACCACUUUGAACCACAACAAAAAGAAAAAAAAACAAAAACAAUAUAAAUAAUUAAAAAAGAAAAAAAAUCAGUUACAAGUAAUUAGUAUAACCCAUGGUGUAACGUGAACUUAAUUCUCUGGAGAUUGUGACAGACAAAGCACGACUAGAAGGAAUGCUUUUAAUUUCGGCUUAAAAAUUCUUACUUCCGAGGCUAUAAUACCCUGCACAGGUGCAUUUUUAUAGCUUGAAAGGGUGUAAAACAAAAAUCCUUUUUUUUUUAGUUUGAUCGGUCCAUUUAGAUAGCAGCUAUAUGCUAUCGUGGUUCGCUCUAAACAAUAUGCUUGGAGAUUGCAGUGAUAGUUGAGAUAAUAAUCUGUGCAAAAUUUUGUGAAUAUACCUUUUUAAAUAAAAAAGUUUCCGUACAAGGACUUGAGCUUAAUCGAUCAGUUUGUAUGGCAGCUAUAUGAUAUGGUAGUGCGAUCUAAACAAGUUUUUCGAAAAUUUCAGUGAUGCCGCGAAUAAUAACCUAUUUCCUGAAGAUAACUUGUCAAAUAAAAAUGUUUUUUCUACAAGGACUUGAGUUGGAUCAGUUAAUUUUAUGAUAGCUAUAUCCUAUAGUUGUCCGAUAUCGGCGAUUUCGACAAAUUAUUAGCUUCUUGGUGAAGUAAAGACUUGAGUUUCCGGUCGAUAUCUCAAAAACUGAGGAAAUAAUUGGCGUAUGGCGUAUAACAUAUACAGACGGACAGACUUAUGGAGAAACGAACAUAGCUAAGGCGACUCAGCUCGUCACGCCUUUAUUUAUUAUUUGUACAUACAUACUUUAAAGGGUAUCCGACGUUUCCGUUUGGGAACUAUAAACAUCGUGGCAAACUAAACUUAAACUGAUCAGGGUAUAAAAAUCUUGUUGUAUUUAUUAACGACAAAAAAAAAAUAUAUGUUUUGAAUAAAGGGAUACGAGAUUAAUUUUUACUUGAGUUCUAAUGCAAAAUUGUAAGUAAGAUCUUACGAGCAAAAACGAGCGUGUUUAGCGAGCUUCCACUAAAGUCGACUAAACUUUUUUCUUACAAAAUUUGAACUAUGGACAAAACCUGAAUUUAUUAAAAUAUAUUUCAGUCCAACAAAGUUCCAAAUGAGUGAAUUUCUAUAAACAAACGUUUGUUAAGGAACAUCUAAGUCGAUUUUGUGCGCUGUACAGUUAAGCAAGCUUUUAAGCUUGCAAAAUAUAAAACUAUUAGUUUUGAAUAAUAUACCAUUCUGUUGAUUCUAACUUACAUACAAAGCAAAAAAGCUUGAGUUGGGCGAAUAAAAAAUGUUUAGAAAAUAUUAUUGAUGAGCGCUUCAUAAAACAAACAGUUUGAUUCGAAGACCUCUUUAAAAUUUCUUUUUGAGAAGAAAUGUAUAGUCUAUGCCAAAAUUUGUCGAGCAAAAAGUAGAUUUUAUUGGAAAAACUCAGAAAAUUUCGUACGCAUGAGUUGGUAAAGCUACACAUGUGCAUAAGUGUGGCAACUACACUGUAGGAAUACAGCUUAUUUUUAUAUAUGCUAUAUUUUUAUUGACGAUUGAGGUCAAUGCUUUGAAGCAUUUUUAAAACUAUAUGUUUGUGUGAAUUUGUUUCACUUCUUGUAUAUCAACAAGCGCAAAUGAGCUAUAGAUUCCAAAUCGCUUUAAUGCACAUCACGUUUUCAAUUUAAAAGAUAUUAUUGCCAUUUGACACAUGUCAUGUGUGUGCUGCAGAAUGGAAGGAUAUAAAGAAUGAAAUGAACGAAAAGAGAGAGCGAGAGAAAAUAUUCAAUAAAAGUCUUGCACAAAAACUAAAUUUUUUUUUUAAUUGCAAGCGCAAAUUCCUACAAACUUACUUAUUGCGAAAAAGUCUCAAAUUUUAUCAAAAGGAAAAAAACGAAAAGAAGGAGUGACAGCGAAAAAUAUUGCCAAUUGUAGCCAUCAAAAUGUGAACUUUUAUUACCUCGGGGACAAAU